CCUUUUCCCUCCCUCCUUCCCACACUUCCUGUAACCGUCCUAGUCGUCUUCUUCGUCUUGCAAAUGCUUCACUGUCCACAGCCACAAGAAAGCCUUCGGAUUCGUUUCUGUGUUGCACAUUCAAUGAAAAACUAGGUUGGGGUUCAAUAGAAAUUUCUCUUUGCAAAAAACCCUGACCAUGGCCGCUUCUCUAACGUUACCCGAGCUCAUUUUUCUCUCUCCGCAAUCAACUCCCAAACACCGGCUUUUUCUCUCUCAUAUGUCUGUAUCCAGGAACCUUAGGUGCCGUCCUUCUUUUAGGAAUCGAAUUAGGGCUGUGAGUGAGGAAGGUUUGCUGGUAGAAGAGAGAGAGAGGCAAUUGAUCAAGGAAUUGAAAAAUGGAAAUGGAGCUGCUAGUGCUGCUACUGGCGAUACUAGGUACGGUGUGUCUACUGAGUGGUACUCGAAUGGCAGUGUGGGCGUGUCUGAGCGUGAGAAUGGGAGCUUGGUGAAGUAUGUGAACGGGAAUGGUGUGGCCGCGGCGGAGUUGGUGGAGGAGGAAGAUACGGUUUCGAAGGAGGACGGGAGGAAGAGAAGGAUUGAGGAGAUUGGUAAAGAAGACGCAUGGUUCAAGGGAUCCGGGAAAGAAUCCAUUGAGGUUUCUGUUGCACCUGGUGGCCGCUGGAGUAGAUUCAAAACUUACUCAACAAUACAAAGGACCUUGGAAAUAUGGGGAUUUGUUCUGACAUUUAUCUUUAAGGCUUGGCUGAACAAUAAAAAGUUCUCUUAUAGAGGAGGAAUAACAGAAGAAAAGAAAGCUUUAAGGCGGAAGGCCCUUGCCAAGUGGCUUAAAGAAAGUAUUUUGAGAUUAGGUCCUACAUUCAUCAAAAUUGGCCAGCAGUUCUCUACAAGGGUGGACAUUCUUGCACAAGAAUACGUUGAUCAGUUGUCAGAACUUCAGGAUCAAGUUCCUCCCUUCCCUUCAGAGACUGCUAUGUCUAUAGUUGAAGAAGAACUUGGAGCUCCUUUGAGUGAUAUAUUUGAUCAGUUUGAGUAUGAACCAAUAGCUGCUGCUAGUCUCGGUCAGGUUCAUCGUGCAAGAUUGAAGGGACAGGAAGUUGUUGUUAAAGUACAAAGGCCUGGUCUCAAGGAUCUUUUUGAUAUUGAUCUUAAAAACCUGAGGGUAAUUGCAGAAUAUCUUCAGAAAGUUGACCCAAAGUCAGAUGGUGCUAAGAGGGAUUGGGUUGCUAUCUAUGAUGAGUGUGCUAGUGUCUUAUAUCAGGAGAUCGAUUACACAAAAGAAGCUGCCAAUGCAGAACUAUUCGCAAGUAACUUCAAAAAUAUGGAUUAUGUGAAAGUUCCAUCAAUAUAUUGGGAGUAUACGACACCACAGGUUCUGACAAUGGAGUAUGUCCCAGGGAUCAAGAUAAACAAGAUACAAGCUUUGGAUCAGCUGGGUGUUGAUCGCCAAAGGUUGGGUCGAUAUGCUGUUGAAUCAUACUUGGAACAAAUUCUGUCCCAUGGUUUUUUCCAUGCUGAUCCUCAUCCUGGAAAUAUUGCUGUUGAUGAUGUCAACGGUGGAAGAUUGAUCUUUUAUGAUUUUGGAAUGAUGGGAAGUAUCAGUCAAAAUAUUAGAGAAGGUUUGCUUGAAACAUUCUAUGGAGUCUAUGAGAAAGAUCCAGAUAAGGUGCUUCAGGCAAUGAUUCAAAUGGGUGUUCUUGUACCUACUGGAGAUAUGACUGCUGUCAGACGAACAGCACAGUUCUUCCUUAACAGUUUUGAAGAGCGUCUUGCUGCACAAAGAAAGGAAAGAGAGCUGGCGACAAUGGAACCAGGGUUUAAAAAGCCAUUGAGUAAGGAUGAAAGAGUAAUGAAAAAGAAACAAAGGCUGGCUGCAAUUGGGGAAGAUCUAUUAGCUAUUGCAGCAGAUCAACCCUUUCGAUUCCCUGCCACAUUCACAUUUGUUGUUAGAGCAUUUUCAGUUUUGGAUGGCAUUGGAAAGGGCCUUGACCCUCGAUUUGAUAUUACUGAGAUUGCCAAACCCUAUGCGAUGGAGUUGUUAAGGUUUAAGGAAGCUGGGGUUGAAGUUAUCCUGAAGGACUUCAGAAAGAGAUGGGAUAGACAAUCUCGUGCGUUCUACAAUUUAUUCAGACAGGCUGACAGAGUUGAAAAGCUUGCAGAGAUUAUCCAACGAUUGGAGCAAGGUGAUCUGAAACUUCGAGUUCGAACCUUGGAGUCAGAGCGGGCGUUCCAGCGUGUUGCAGCUGUUCAGAGGACUGUAGGGAAUGCCGUAGCUGCUGGGAGCCUAAUAAACCUUGCAACGAUUUUGUAUUUUAAUUCCAUACGAGUGCCUGCAACUAUAGCAUAUGUCUUCUGUGCAUUUUUUGGCUUUCAAGUUCUAUUUGGCAUUAUAAAGGUCAAAAAACUUGAUGAAAGGGAGAGGUUGGUAACAGGAACUGCUUAAGCCACCGAUCUAGAGUGCAGACGCGGCUCUUAUGAAGUUUUAUGAUCACCCAAGUCAGCUGUCCAAUCAUCAGAAAAAAGCAAGAGCUUGAAGGAGCAUGUCAUGGACGGUGGGUCCCUUUACCUCAAUAUAAGCAAGGGCGGGCUUAUAGGGAAGAUUGGAACUUGUAAUUAGGUUAGCUGAAGCUGUUCCAUUUUAAUUUUGAGUUUUUACAAGAAUGAUCCCAAAAGGACUCUCAAGUCUAUUUUCACCUGAUGCCUUCUAAUCGCAAGUUGGUUGGCCCAUAAAGGAUAGCUUUCAGCCCCCAACGAGGAGUUACUUUUGUAAUUUGUAACAAUUCUAUGGUAGUCAUCUUUGACUGGAUGGAUGUCUACUAAUGGUGUAUAAUUUUGUAAUAUAAGACAAAAUUAUUCAAUAAAAUGUGCUUUUUUAAUGUUUC